AUGAAUUCGGGGAGCCGUCACCCUGCUCACACCCAGCGACGAGAAAAGUAUAGCUUCGAAAGGCAAAGAUGGGCCAUGGGAGAGCUUCCACUGUUCGAGGAGGACUUAACCGCCUGGGACGGGAAUGAUCCACAAAAUGUGCAAGACCUCAUCAACCUCGUACAAGACCUUCGAACGGGAACCGUGGGAGGGCUGGACGACCUCAGUACUUAUCCAAUUCUUCACCGCCGCAUCAUCCUAGAAGACCCUUCCCAAUUACUCCCCAGCACAGACAGUGGCAUGACCGCUGGCUCUCUCAAGUAUGUCAUCAAUCAUUUGACGACGGAGAAUCACGCUCCAAAGAAUCAGCACCAAGACGGCUUCUUGAAGUGGAUAACCCAAAUCUGCAUCACCAUCUGGACGUACCGUUGUGAUCAAGCAGACUGGCAGGCAUUGAAACGGAGUAUCAGCGAGUCAGUAUUGAGCAACGACUUCGAGCCCGCCGUAAAUGAUGCGGCAUAUCUCACCAUCAUCGCGUUCGUCCUGGGUGAGGAUCUUGAUCAGAUGCUCGUGGAAUAUAUUGAUGCUGUGGUGUGGAAUUCCAAAGUCGAAUUCGCCUGCGAAAUAGAACCGCUGCGAAGUACCAUCAGUCGCGAGCGAAGAUCCUUGGUCGAGUUCAUGUAUCUCACCUUCUCGCGUGUGAUGCAGGAGCUGGCGUACUGUGGCGACAAACAACUGUUAAGUUUGGGCUUGAGACUUCAUGCACGCUUGACACAACAGGGGUUGGACUUGAGAAGACCGUUCGCGGGCACUCAGGACUUCAACCGUGCUGAAUAUCCAGCGGCCUUUGAAGCCACGUUCUUAGAAGCACUGAUGGCAGAGCAGGGAACUUUGAGAACUAGAUGUAAUGACGGGGUUGUGAAUGGGGCGGAAUUGCAGCAAUGGAACCCGGUGCCGAGAAGAUUCGGCAAUGGUGAAGCAGCCGCGGCAGCAUUCGCAGGCUUAUUCAGGAGAAAUAGACAACAACCUGCUCACACCCACUUGGAGAAUAUCCUGAGGGAUGCAAUGAGAGCGAUAGCGGAGCGCAGGAGGAAAAUCGUCGAUGCUGUUCAAAAGCUGAAGGAUGAGAGAGAUGAAACUGACAGGAACAACGCCACGCUAGAGACAGAUGUCCAUGCCCAUGGCGGGCUUGCAUAUCACGGAGCAAAUGGAACAGCCGAGAUAUGA